AUGGCAGCACCUCCCAAUAUGAACAUAAAUCCAAUGGUAGACUUUGAGUCUUUUAUAUCAAAUAUCCAAUUAGUAUCACUCUCCUGGAUUACUCAUGUAUUUACUCGGCUUACUGACUAUGUAGGCUAUGCUGGUCUUAUACAACUCAUCAACUCCACUGUUGCACAGCUUGUGUUUACUUCCAGCCCCUAUGAUUCUGCUCUUUUUACCCGUCACAUUGAUAGUGGCAUCACUAUUCUAUUAUUUUAUAUUGACGAUAUGAUCAUUACUGGUAAUGAUAAUUCUUGUAUUCAUGAGCUUAACUACUUCAUCGGCUUAGAAGUGUCCCCUACAUCUAAUGGCUACUCUAUGACACAAGCCAAAUAUGCUUCUAAUCUUCUCACCCGUGUUGGUCUCACACAUUGUAAGAUAGCUGAUAGUCUGCUGGAGCCCAACAUCAAACUUCGACCUACUGAUGGAGAGCUCCUUCCUGAUGCCACUCGUUACCGACAGCUUGUUGGGAGCUUGAUUUAUCUCACUAUCACUAGACCAAACAAUUCCUAUGCAGUGCAUCUUGUUAGCCAAUUUAUGUCAGCUCUUCAUUCCAUUCACCAUGUAGCUCUUCUUUGCAUCUUACACUGUGUGAAGGGAACAUUAUUUCAUGGGCUUCACUUUUCCUCUCACUCAUCCUUGACGUUGAAGGUUUAUUCUAAUGCUGAUUGGGCAGGGGACCCUACUGAUUGCCAAUCUACCAUUGAUUUUCUUUUUCUACUUGGCGGCUCCCUUAUCUCUUGGCGGAGCAAAAAGCAUACUGUUGUUGCUCGCUCUAGCACUGAGGCUGAGUAUGGAGCCCUUGCUUACACUAUUUCUGAACUUCUUUGGCUUCGUUAG